UAUAAAAAGGCGUGUGUGUGCAUCCAGCGAUAGAGCAACAAAAGAAGAAAAAAAACAAGAAGGGCUAUGAUGGCAAGCUCAUGGGCUGGCAUGUUUAUUUUGGUGGUUGUGGUAAUAGUAGGUGUUUUUGAGGUUCCUAUGGCCAGGGCUGUGAGUCCUAGCGAGUGCAAAGAGGAGCAGAGGCUCCUUGUGCUUGAAUGCAAGCCAGUCAUACUCGGCCGCAGCCCAUCAGCCAACUGCUGCCAACGUAUUAGGGUCACCCACUGGGAGUGCGUGUGCCCUUCUGUUACUCCAAAGUUGGCAGCCUUAAUCGGAGUGGAACGCACCAUUAAGCAAAUUGAAGGCUGUGGACGGAGCGUUCCUCACCACUUCAAGUGUGGAAGUAUUACUACUCCAUGAGAAAGGAAUCACUAGGAUGAUAUAUAACUAUUUCUUGAACAUUUUAUCUCUUGUAACUCUUCAUUUGUGCUGAUAUACAUGUGUGAAAGAAAGAGAUGUUCUACAGUAUGGUAUCAUUGUCUACUUAUUUGAGAAUAAUAAUAAUAAUAAAGUUGAGUUGAGCUUUUUCUUUCUCAA